UGGUCCUGACCUUCAACCUGUCGAUGCAUCGCUCCUGGUGGAUGGAGAACGGCCCCGGCUGCAAGGUGACGCCGGUGGCUCCGCCGCCCUCCUGGGCCCCCGAGGACCACCGCUACAUCUCCAUCGCCGGCUGCCUGCUGGACUACCAGCUGAUCGAGGUGGCCCACUCCUCGCUGCAGAUACUGCUGGCCCUCUUUGGAUUCAUAUACGCCUGCUACGUGGUCAAGCUCAUCUCAGAAGAAGAGGACAGCUUCGAUUUUAUAGGCGGCUUCGACUCGUACGGGUACCAGGGACCUCAGAAGACGUCUCACCUCCAGCUGCAGCCCAUGUACAUGUCGAAGUAACACACGGCACUCAGCAGAAGUGAUACCCCACCCUGGACAUCUCCAUCUUUAAUUAAGGGAUUACAGCCUAACUUCUUGCUUCUUAAUACUUCUAAACGUCUUAAAACAAACAACCCGGCAGCUUCGACGUCCUUUAAAUAUUCUGCGGAUCCGUUUCUGAGGAAACAGGGACCUCUUGUGGACGACAAUGGCAACGACAGGACUGAAUUCCCGUCUCUUGAACGCUGGAUUUGUUUCUGCAAUAUAUUAAAACCCAACAGGGUGGGACAAACGAAGAGCUGAGGAUUAAUGGGUUGAACUUGAAUUCAGCUGAAGUACCAUUUCCUCUGCUAUCCAGACCUUGACAAGGACUUACUGCUGAACAACUUAAAGCCUACAUUUGUUUUGGGGGUUAUAAGUAGAAUUCCGCCAUCUGGAUGGGUUUAAUUGAUGGUGAACUGUUACAUCUUUCAAGGGAAAACGGUGGUCAAACUCCUGCCACGUACUCCGAAGGAUUCAAAUAUCGCUCUUGGAAUGCUUCGCUGUCUGAAAGGAUGCUUCUCUUCUAUGGCCAUGCCUAACCAAAGAGUUUUAAAAACCCAGAGAAAGAGACAAUUUUCUUGACCACAGAACUCAAACCGAAUGUCUUUUCUCUGGAAUUUGAAUCUCUUUGUGCCUCACGGGUCAGACACAUGACCUCUGAUCACAGAACACACAACAAGCAUCUACCAGACUAACACUUCAAGAAUGUUAUGCGUGUGUAUUUUUUCUCUAAUGUAAUACAGUGGUGUUUUCGAUUAGUGAUGAACAGCAGAGACACAGAAAUCAACAACUGGAAAAGAAGCGGGGUUUGGCGACAUGCAGUCAAAGUCGUGAGAUAGAGUCAGCACGACGUAUUCGUUUUAGAUAGAAUAAUACUGAACCUCGCAAUUACAGCCUACACCUUCUACACGUGCAUCUUCAAGGAAUAAACAUGAGCGCACACAACACACAAAUAACACGCCUAACUUCAAUUAAAUUGGCCAUACAAAUAUAUACAGAUAUUUAUAAUACAAGCAAUGUUUACAACAGGUUUUCUAUCUGUGCUGCUGGAACACAUAUAGACGGACAGAAGAUAAGGAGAGAGAGGGAGAAAACGUUGUUACAAUUUGGAUCAACCUCCUUCCAUCGGCUUGGAACCGCGAUCAAACAUUGACCUGAUUGUCGUCCCAAAAUAGCCCUGUUCGAUUCAAACAGAGCGUUACAGCCAAACUGAUACAGAAUGGUUGAUAUUCAAUGUGGGGCAAGCAAGGGCGUCUCAGUCAAUCAGCCAUACGACGACACACACCCAGACCCACACGUGCACACACAAGCACACACACAACUCACACACAGAGACACACACGUGCACACACAAGCAAACACACAACUCACACACAGACACAAACGUGCAGACGCACACACACACACACAUACACGUAAACAUGUGUGCAGACACACAAACACACACACACGCACAUGUGUUCAGACACACGUGCACACAUAAACACAAACUGCAGGCACACAAAUACGUGUGCGGCAUGCACACACAUACAGACACCUUCAUGCAGACAAACACACGCACAAGUGGGUGCAGAAACACAGUAACUCCCACACGUACAUAUUGGCACUCAGAUAGUAAGAGGGCACAUUGUCGAACAUUGUCACUGCUGGACCAUCAUGGCACCCUCUGCCUAUCCCCUCUCUCUCCUCUCCUUCUGGAAUACGCCAGACAAUAAUGCAAAACCAGAUGCAUAGCGCCGCGGGGUAGUUCCCUGAACCGAGUCAAUUUAUUCAGUGAUUCUGAACAGUACGACCAGGUAUAGGAUCCUGCUCCCUCUCCCUUGUUCCAAGCUGUAGGCCCGGAGAGCUACAGGACACGGAGCUGUAAUGUGUCCGUAGACCCGAGGGAUGUUCCCUUGUUUCGCUUCCACUGCUAGCGGAAUCACAGGAUCGUCGUUUUCCUUUGUAUUGCUUAGAAUGGAGAGUGCAACGUGGACCAAAAUGCUUUGUUGAGGCCUUUUACCGUUAACCAAGUGGAUUCGUUUUGCGGGUAUUAUUUUAUUUUGAGGGUGGGGGACCACCAAAACAAACCAACACAGUUUCAACACGGGCUGAUGUCAACAUAGAGGUGGGCCGACCAACCGACCCGACCAUACGUCUGUCAACCGCUGACGUUGCGCACGCUAGCUGGUCAUUAGGUUAUCUGUCAGUCCUGGACGGUGAACUCUGACCUCCGAGGUCAUAGGUCUACCUACGCUCGCUAACCCCCCACGAGGCUGCGUUCACGCAGCGAGGGGGGAUGGCGGACGUUGUCGUGUGUGUUUGCAUGAGGUGUCGUAUUUAAUCUCAGCGCUGCGUGUGACUCACUAACUAGCUGCGCCGAGGGAACUUCUUGGUUGGUUGGAAUGCUUCCAGACUUAUUUUGAAGUGUUCUCAUUGUGAAACUUUGUGUGUUUUUUUUUUAUAAUAAAAGUUUAAAAAAUGUAUACUACAAAAAAUGUGCUCAUACCAGGAGGAAAAUAAUAAUUAAGAAGUAAAAUAGUCACGUAACUUUGAACUUCUAGACGUUUUUUAACAAUGUGGCGUUGUUAACUGUUUUUUCUAGUUGAUUACUAAUGUGUGAUGUUGUCCACAAGUGGAAAAAAAACAACGUUUUUUUGUUUUUGUUUUUUCUAAUUGUACAAUAUUCUAUAUCAGAUAGAAGACAGGUAGCCGGCCAGUAGAGAGAGCUUCAUGUCGUCACAUUAUGACCUGAAAUGUUUUUGUUCAAGCGUACACAGUUGUCGUUCAGGCUACUCAGCACUUUCCCAUCAGAUUGUGUCAGUGACAUACAGGCAGACCAGCUACAUCUUUACCCUCACAGAUCACUUGGAAAUGUCCCUGUAAAACAAUGACACAGAAAGGUAGUGUUCCCAAAGGCCGAGUAACUAAUCAGUCAUCAUUUAACCUGUAAUGAUUGAAUAUCUUAGCCAGCUUGCCUCAAAAGUUCCAUUCCCUGCUCACAACCUAACCAAAUCAUACAACCCAUUCAUAUGUAUGGGAUGUGGUGCCCUAGCAACUGGCAUUGUCCCUUUGGCUAGUGUCUCUUGACCCUAAAGUAAUUUGAUGGUCGUUAGAGGUGAGCCUUCCUCCUCGGAUGGAAUUUUGAUACGAUUUAACAGUCCUGUAGUGUGAGCUCGGCACUCGGCACUAGCUGAAUGGUUUUAAAUGGUAGCUGGAGGCAAAUAUUGUCCAAACAUGGCCGUUGACAGUCAGCAGCUCUCUAGCCAAGCAGGACGGAUGUGAGAACCUUCUCUUGAAGGUGUAGACUUGGACCCCUUUCCUUUUCCUCUGCUAUCUACCUUUCAAGCCAAUCAUACAAGUCUGUGGACGGUCCGAAAUCAAUAACAUGGACGAGAGUAGUAUAAAAGGGGCCUUUCUAAUGCAUAGGAGUGCUACUGUAUGCUACUGAGUACUGGAUGAAAUAAAAGGAUAAAUUCAGAUCAUAAUAUGACCACCUUAUCUGUAUGCAAAAGUGAGUGUGCUUGUGUGAAUAUGUGUGUUUGCAGGCAUGUGUGUGUGUAUUUUUAUACACGUGUGCAUGCGUGCGUGUGUGCAUUUGUGUGCGUGUGCGUGUGUGUGUGUGUGUGGGUGUAAAAUACUGUACUGAUACUUUUGUGGACGGAACAGAACAGGAACUUGCUGAGGCCUGAAGUCUUCACGUCUAUUGAAUUGAUUUAUUAACACUGCAGAAGACAUGAAGAUAAAAAACUGUCAAAUACAAUUCCACAAAUAAAGAUUGUUUUGUAGUCAGUGUGACCGGGGAGAUUAAAUACAUUGGUGUAAAGCACUUUGGCUGGUUACAGUUACUUCAAUAAAACAAACAAGAGUCCACUUAUAAAUGGCUGUCCACACUGUUCAUUCUGCAACUUUAAAAUACAGAUUUAGAUUUAAUAAGUGGCCAGACAUUUUUAAGUUUGGUAAGUAAUAUAGGUUUACAAUGAUACUCACAAUAGAUAUUGAGAGGCAAUAUACAUUGAGAUAAAAUCAGUAAAAGUUAUGUAAAAAUUGCCCACCUGAAAAAGUCAAUUCUUAACUCUAAGAUAAUGUGUCUAUUUUCACUUUAUAACAUCCACAGCUCAGCAAUAGGGCUGUUAAUGAUUUACUACAGAAAUAAUGUUGAUGCUGUUUAUCCUUAGACUACAAAUAACCAGUCACUGUACUUAAUAUUCAUGGAGUAGGAUUGUGGAACCAAGGUUUUGAGUAAAAACUGUACAAUGUUUGGCUUGUUUAUGUUCCUCAUUGACUAGAGGUUCCUGAGUCUUUUUAGCUCAUUUUUGGGUUGUUUAACAGAGGUGACUAUUAGUAGAACAGAAAGAAAGGACAGACUAUCUUGUGUUUUUACUGUUCUCGAAUUAAAGCCAAAUUAUACAACAUUAUUCAACGUCAUGUCUAUUAUUGUGCAAAAAUGUACUGUUUC